UCUAGGAUCGACGACUAAUUAGAUUUCUUAGUUAUUUGAUUUACAUCCAGAAUCUUUAUCAUAAUUCUUGUUGAUAUGCAACUAUUCUUGCUCAUAACAUAGAUUUCCAACCUCCAAGCAUGUUUAACUCCUAGAGAGUCUUUUCCAAUGCCCUACACAGUAUAUUUUGUCAAAAACUUCUUAACAUAAUUCUCUGAAUUUUUAUGAAUUUUAGCAAAAAAAUUGUGAAUGAAAGAACUUCCUGCUGGAGUAGAGAUUUUGGAAAAUAUUACUAUAUUUCAACUGUCAUUGUUAUUGCACUUGUGUUAAAAAAUUUAGAAUAGCUCUAUUGACCAAAUGAUGAAUAAAAUAAAGGCUAUCAAGAUGAAAAGAGUGAGGAAGCCUGAAAUAUCAUCGAAAGAUAAGGUCAAACUAGACACACCUCUCUCCUUAUGGGCUCUUAAUGUGAGAUUUCAAUACGCAGAGAGUAAAAUGAGAACAACUUUGAAAGAGAGACGUAAAUCAAUCAAGAAAACUCAAAGCAAGAUUCGUGGUGUAAUGAGAGAGAAAAUGAACCAUUCGGCUGAACUCUUCAGAGGAAAGGAAGAUGAGAAAGAAUUUGAAAGUUUCAAUUAUAAGCAACAGAAAAAUUUUAACGUUGAUAAUUUUGUGUUCGGUAAUGAGGAAAGCAGGAAUAAAAUCACCAGUGAUACCUCGAAUAGAGCCAGAGUUAAAAUGUCUGAUGACUUUUUAAUGAAAUUAAGAAUGACAAACAAUCGCUCAAGAAUUGAGAAAAACAGAAUUAAGAAAGUUCUGACAGCUGGAACUCCUUACAAAAAUACACUAUAUUCUGAAAAGUCUCACGGUAGAAACUCCUCCUUAAAAAGAGCUGGAACAAAGCAGAGCACAUAUGAAACCCUAAGCUCAAAAAGAGAAUCUCCAAGGAAUUCAAUCCCCAAAAAUACCCAAAUUCCCACUGAAGACUCCUCAGAAUCUCCUUCCAAGCCCACUAAAAAUCCUUCUACCUCCAAAAUCCUUCAAAAAUUUCCAAAGAGGAAGAGCAAGGAGUCAAAAAUCUCCAUUUACAAGGACACGAAAGAGGAUAUUCAAAUGAAAGAGCUGACAGAGUCCACUCUAAAGAACCAAAAGAAACACUUACAGAGCGAGUAUACCAAAUAAGGUCAAGUCAAAGCAAGGCAAUUACCUUAAUGAUGCCAGUGCCGAGAAGGAAAGCAUCAUCAAUGAGAACGUUUAUGGUAUCAAAGAAGGACAGAUAUUCAAGCAGAUCUCAGAGAUAGAGAUGAUCUCUCAUCCUCUUUCAGAAGAAACAAUCAAGCUUGAAGAUGUAGCAGUGUCUCUUAAGUAUAAAACCUCGGUUAAUACUAUGCUUAAGAAGAUAGCCAAGAUGACAGUCAACAAAGGACUCUCUGAAUACCCUGAUCCAAGUAGGAAGCCGUCUAAUUUGCAGAAUAAAAAGAAGAAGUCAACACGUAAUCAUUCUCAUGGUACUGAUCAUAACAAUAAAUCAGUUGAUAACUCCCAUAUCCAUGGGCAUAUCAAGCCUCUUGAGGAGCAAGGACUUCCAUUAUUAACAGUAGCUAACCAGAACGAGGAUAAUAAUAAUGAAACCCUGAAUAUUUCUGAGAAGGAGUUCUUGAAAGAACUCAUCAAGGAAAAGCUCCAGCAAUUCAGAGAGCGAUGCCUCAAGCUCUUCCCAAAUUAUGAUAAUAAAGAUACAUAUAAUAAGAACUUCCAAGCUAGGAAUGAGAUUAUGAGGAAAUUCAAAUUCGAACAGCUCAAAUAAGACAAGCAUGAAUAAUUUUAUCAGAGAUGCGAAGAAGUUCAUCCUCUCAAAAAGGAAACAAAAAGAGCAAUCUUCUCUAUCCAAAGCGGAUUCGAUGCUCUUCUCUGAGCUUGAUAGGCUCAGCAAAGAGAGUAGCAAAGACAUACAACUUCAAGAUCCAAUAAUCGAUGAUAUGCAGAAAGAGUUCGUUGACUGGGUCUUGGCCAACUUGAAGAGAGAUGGAAAGAGAGCCAGAACAAAAGAUUUACGUAUCAAAAAAUGCUAUAUGGGCCUUCUUUCCUACGAUAUGAAUAAAAUGAAAGUAAAGAAGAAUUCUAAAGCUAAUGUUAAGGCGCAAUAUGAUAACAUCAUUGAUGCAAUGAUCCAGAAACAUAAUAAAGACAAAGCUUUGAAGGACAAAACCAUCUCUAAUAUCAAAAGAAGGGUUGUACCGAAUAUAUCAUAUUCCAAAAAUCGGAAAGAGAUUUUCUAA